AUGAUCUUUAUCACGCAGUGCCUCAAUGUCUAUGCUAUGUUCUUGGUCAAAGCCUCGAUUUGCGCAUAUCUGAUGGCCUUGAACUUUGGACCCUCCUACCGCGUCCUCAUUUGGAUCUCCGUCGUUAUCGUCGUUUUGUGCAACUUCGUUAUGAUGCUGAUCCUGCAUUUUGCGUUUUGCCGGCCAUACUACUCGAGAUGGGACUUUAGCGUACAUCAGGAGUGCUGGCCUGCUGCGGUCAGCGAGGGCACCGCCUAUGCACAAAUUGCAGCGAACGUCAUUACUGAUCUGAUCUAUGCCGCUGCUCCGAUCAUGUAUCUGAGGCACGUGCAACUCAGCAAACAGACUCAAUGGGGAGUGAGAAUUGUGUUCCUGCUAGCACUCGUAGGAACCGCUCUAUCGAUUGCCAAGAUCCCCAUCACGUACAAAUUCCUUCGCUCUAAGGAGCCGAUGUGGGAUGCGAUCGACCUAAGCAUCUGCAGUACGAACGAAAUCGCAGUUGGCAUCGUCAUCGCAAAUCUUCCGCCUCUACGCAAGACUAUCAACAACAUACUUGCGAAGAUCUUGCCCGCCAACUUUGCAAGCACCCUCGGAGUGACGACAAGAAAGCAACAAAGUCAGAGCAACCCGAUUGCGUCGGUAUACAGCAUGAAGGGUCACACCAAGUUGGACAAUAGCGCGGACGAUGAGAGUGAGCGGUAUAUGCUGGAGCUUGAGGACAGGAAGGCAUCCGGGUCGGGGAUCGUAAAGACGACCCAGGUGACCAUCCAAGACGACGCAAGGUCGAAUAAUCGUUCUUAUUCGUCGAGGGACAAUGUCUAG